AUUGAAGCAGCUACAGACCUGUGUGCCUGUAGUGUGCUGCCUUCUGUCCACAGAAGAGAAUGGACGCCCAAGGUCUGAGAGAGGAUCUUCGUCUGUUUCAGAGCACUCUGUUACAAGAUGGACUCAAAGAGCUCUUGAAUGAGAAUAAGCUGAUUGACUGUGUCCUAAAGGUUGGAGACAGAAGCAUCCCCAGCCACCGGCUCAUUCUAGCAGCAUGCAGCCCAUAUUUCCGGGAGCUUUUCUUCUCUGUGGAUGGACAAGAGGUGGACAGGAAGGAGGUCGUCUUGGAGAACCUUGAUCCUAACCUUAUGGAGCUGAUUGUGAAUUAUCUGUACUCUGCUGAGAUUGACAUCACUGACAGCAACGUUCAGGACAUCUUGGCCAUUGCAAAUCGGUUCCAGAUCCCCUCGGCGUUCACGGUUUGUGUGAAUUAUCUACAAAAGAGUAUCACAGAGAAGAGCUGCCUCGCCAUCUACAGGCUGGGGCUGAUGCUGAACUGUGCCAGGCUGGCCAUGGCAGCCAGAGAUUACAUCGCCGAUCGCUUUGAGACCGUUGUCAAAGAUGAUGAUUUCCUAGAGCUCGCCCCACCUGAGCUCUUCGCCAUCAUCGGAGCUGAUAGGUUAAAUGUUGAGAAAGAAGAGUCUGUGUUUGAGGCUCUCAUGAGGUGGAUCAGGAAGGAUAAAGAAAAACGAGCAAAAUCCUUGGAGGAGGCUUUUGACUACAUUCGCUUCCGUCUUAUUCCAGAGAAAUACUUCAAAGAAAAAGUGGAGAAAGAUGAGCUCAUCAAGGCUGAUCCAGAGCUCCUCAAAAAGAUCAAAGUCAUAAAGGAAGCAUUCGCAGGCAAGCUGCCAGAGAAGAACAAGGGCUCAGGUGAUGCUGAGGGAGAGGAGGAGACGCUGCCAGGUUACCUGAACAACAACCGCAGAUACGGCAUGUACGCCAAAGAUGUGAUCGUCAUGAUUAAUGACACUGCCGCCGUGGCUUACGACGGCCAAGAGAAUGAAUGUUUUCUGGCAGCAAUGUCUGAGCGAAUUCCCCGAAACCACGUCAGCCUCACAUCGAAGAAGAACAAGCUGUAUGUGCUGGGAGGAUUGUUUGUAGAUGAGGAGGAUAAAGAAAACCCACUGCAGUGCUACUUCUACCAGCUGGACAGCCUUGCUGCCGAAUGGCAAGCCCUUCCACCGAUGCCUUCCCCUAGGUGUCUCUUCGCAAUGGGCGAAUUUGAAAACCUAAUAUUCGCAGUGGCAGGAAAAGAUUUACAGUCCAAUGAGUCUCAUGACACCGUUUUGUGCUAUGAUACAGAGAAAAUGAAGUGGACAGAAACAAAGAAGUUACCUGUGAAAAUCCACGGCCACUGUGUGGUAUCUAUGAACGGCUUAGUGUACUGCCUAGGAGGAAAAACUGACGACAACAAAGCAACAAAUAAGAUGUUUGCAUACAACCACAAGAGGUCAGAGUGGAAGGAGGUCGCUUCAAUGAAGACUUCUAGAUCCAUGUUUGGAGCAGUUAUCCACAAGGGCAGGCUUAUUGUCGCUGGAGGAGUCAAUGAAGACGGACUGACAGCAGCAUGCGAAGCCUAUGACUUUGGGUCCAACAAGUGGUCGCCCUUCACAGAGUUUCCCCAGGAGAGGAGCUCAAUCAACCUGGUGAGCUGUGGGGGGCUGCUGUAUGCUGUGGGAGGCUUCGCCAUGGUGGACAACGAGAACCACGAGUGUACGCCUACUGAAGUCAUCGACAUUUGGCAGUAUGAAGAUGACACCAAACAGUGGAGCGGGAUGAUCAAAGAGAUGCGUUACGCAGCCGGAGCUUCAUGUGUCUCCAUGCGACUGAACGCAGCCAAAAUGCCCAAACUGUAACGCAGGACCUUUGCCUCUUUGCUUUCGGACAGUUUUAUUUGCAAGCUCCUAGAAAAAGGUGGUUUUUAUUGUUUUAAAAUGAAGUAACUUUUUCCUGUGUUGAACUACAGUCUGAUUAAAAUGUUUAAAAAUAAAAAUGAUAUAUCAAAUAAGAAAAAA